UCAGCAGUGACACGUAAGCAGUGCCACGUCAGCAGUGCCACGUCAGUCACAGUGCCACGUCAGCAUGACGGGUCCAGCUCUGGGCAUGCCAGGCCAACUGGCCAACGAGUCUCUGGCCGAGUACAAACAGUGGUUCCAGGCCCAGAUCGCUCUGAUCGAGGUUGAGGAACAACGCCAGCUGGCAGCCGCGGCUGCCCGCCUACAGGCUGAAGAAGCGGCAGCAGCAGAGAAGCUGCGGCUACAGGCCGAAGCAGACGCAGAUAACCAGGCUCGCCGCAAGGAAGCCAAGGAUCUGCUGCAGCGGCAUGAAGCCACAAGCAUCGAAAGACUCAAGUUCUGGCACUUUGAACCAAACGGCGACGACGAAACACCGGAAGAGCAGCAUAAGGAGUUCCUCUUCAAACUCGUGACACGGUUGUUGUAUGCUUGCAACUACCAACGGUCCGAGUUGGAGAGACAGAACCAGGAACUGCAACAGCUGUUCCAGGAUCUGAAGCAACAACACCAGGAGUUGGCGAACCUCCGCCAGAUGGCUGUACCAGGACCAGAUGCUGGUGCCUCCGGCAGUGCACCCUCUAGCCGCCAACUGGAGGAACGCGUUGAUCACGUAGUAGCAAUGCUCGACGACAUCAGCACCUUCGCUGCGCCGACCACCGUCAGCAGUCAGCUGGAGGCAUUGAAGACCGAGGUCCAGCAACUGCAGUCGACGAACACAUAUGGCAAUCCAAAGCAAUACAAGAUGUCAACUUUCCAACUGGAAAAGUUCGACGACUACACACAUCAGGAUCCGGUCCUUUGGUGGGAAGCGUUCACGACGCAACUUCGGAUUCUGCCUGUCGCCAAACACGCGUACAUCGGCGCCUUGUUUAUGAACUCAAAGGGCGGAUGCCAGAUCUGGUUGACUCACAUGGCAGCCACCCACGGCGUCGACGUCGCGGAUCUGAAGGACAAGAUCGCAUGGGAAGAGUUGACACGGAUGUGGAAGAAGCGCUUCAUUGUCGACGACGCACCAACACUAGCCAUCAACCGGCUCUUCACCAUGUUUCAGGGCAACACAGCAACACGUGACUGGCUCACGGAAUGGCAGAAGAUCGCAGCAGUGCCCGAUCUGGACUUACCAUUCACGCAUCUACGCCGUGAGUUCUACAACAGGUCAUGUGCUGCACUGAGCCAGACACUUGGUGAUCGCGAGCAAUACACCACCUUCGCUGAGAUCAUUGAUAAGGCAAGGGAGAUCAUCAAGACCAACAGGUCAGCUGCACACGAGAAGUCAACGUGGCAGCCAACCUAUGUGGAGAAGGUGAGAACUGGUCCGCGACAGCAGCAGUUCGCCGCAGUCCAAUCGGACAACACUGUGGAAGACCCGACAGCCACCCAAGCGUCAUGUGAGGGAGAUCAGGUGGCUGCUGUCCAGCCGCGAAGCAACAACAAACCCCGAGUGAACGGGAAGGCGAAAUCAGCAUCGCCGGCCGGAAAUGGACAGCCAGCACCACCAUGGGUCAAGUUCGGCUUGACCGAGGCCGAGUACAAGUACCGCGGCCGUUACGACUGCUGCUACUGGUGCAACAGCACCAAGCACAAGACCUCCCUGUGCCAGGAUCAGGCCAAGGAGGAUGUGCGGCCUCAUCUUAACUCGGGAACUGAAUUGCGCAGGAGGAAGUCCCAGCCCACGCAAGUCACGUUGGUGGACGGUCACACACACAAGUCAAUCGAUCGGUGCAUUGAUGACGUCCCAGUGUACUUUGCCCCUCACACAAGUGAGGCGGUGUCCUUUGACAUUCUGGACACCAAAUUCGACAUGAUCUCGGGCAUGUCAUGGCUGCGAAGCGAGGACCACCCGGUGAACUUCUACCGCCGCACCGUUCACGUUCGUGAUCGGAACGGAGUACUAGUCCCAUGCACGGUAACUCCUCCUCACCCUUCAGUCAGCUAUCACGUGGUAUCCGCCACAAGCAUGCGAGCUUCCAUCAUCGGAGACGACAUCGAGGAGAUGGGGGUGUGUUUUCUCCACGCCAUCCCACCCCAUGACGCUUCAUCGACGGACUCUUCUUCGGAUCCACAUAUCACUGAGCUUCUCGACGCCUACAGCGACGUGUUCGAAGGCCCGCACGGAGUAGUACCGGAUCGGCCCAUCCACCACGAGAUCAUCCUCGAGGACGGGGCCGUACCUCCACGUGGUUGCAUCUACCGAAUGAGUGAGGAAGAGUUAAGUGUGCUUCGGGCACAACUCGACGACCUUCUGGAGAAAGGCUGGAUUCGGCCUAGCUCAUCGCCAUACGGUGCUCCUGUUCUCUUCGUCCGGAAGAAGAACAAGGAUUUGCGGUUGUGCAUCGAUUAUCGCAAGCUCAACGCGCAGAUGAUCAGAAACGCCGGCCCUCUCCCACGCAUCGACGAUCUUCUCGAGCGACUGGGCAGCGCCAAGUUCUUCUCCAAGCUCGAUCUCAAGUCGGGAUAUCAACAACUCGAGAUCCGGCAGGAGGAUCGCUACAAGACCGCGUUUAAGACGCGAUAUGGGCAUUUCGAAUGGCUGGUUAUGCCAUUUGGCCUUACGAAUGCCCCGACCACUUUCCAAGCGGCUAUGACAACGGAGUUCCGACACAUGCUGGAUCGAUACAUACUUAUAUACCUCGAAGGCAUCUUGGUGUACAGCCGAAGUUUGGAGGAGCAUGUGGAACACCUGCGCACCGUUUUGGAGCGGCUACGACAAGCCAAGUACAAAGCCAACCGCGACAAGUGCGAAUUCGUGCGACAGGAGCUGGAGUACUUGGGACAUUAUGUGACGCCGCAAGGCAUCCAUCCGCUUGCGGACAAGAUCGAGGCCCUACGAGUAUGGCCCGAGCCCACCAACACCACAGACGUUCGUUCAUUCAUGGGGUUGGCGGGCUACUAUCAGCGAUUCAUCACCGGAUACUCCAGGAUUGCUGCACCUAUGACGAGGUUACAGUCGCCAAAGGUGCCAUUCGUAUUCGAUGACGACGCACGCCAGUCAUUCCAAGCACUCAAGACGGCCAUGCUCAUGGCACCCGAGUCCGGCACAAAGAUGAAACCAAGUUCGGCUCGGUAUCCACAGACGGACGGGCAAAUAGAGCGGGCACAUCAAACCGCUCAAAUGAUGCUUCGUACGCUCAUCCGUCCGGACCAGAAAGAUUGGGUUGACUGCCUCCCCGACAUCGAGUUCGCCUACAACACUUCGGUGCAUUUGGCGAUCGGCGUGACUCCAUUCGAGUUGCACCACGGUGGACGGAAAGGCCAGAUCUUCGCCGACCUUCUCCUCCCUCGACCAGCCGACAUGGACGUUGCUUGCUCUCCCGCUUCCGUCCGGAAGUACAGGGAAUUGCUCACUUAAGCCCGCGCGAACAUGCAAAAGGCUCAAGUCCGCAUGCAGCAGCAAGCCAACAGGCGUCGCGUACCAUGUCCCAUCCACGCCGGUGAUCUGGUUUAGGUCUCCGCGGAAGAGUUUGCACUGGAACAGGAUGUUUCACGCAAACUGCUUCCCAAGUGGUUUGGACCAUGGUCUGUGACAUCAGCCGCGGGCGAUGAGCCCGAUGGCCCUUCAUUUGUGAUCAACAUUCCCGAGCAUCUGACGGUC